UUUGACCUCGAUUAAGAUUAUCACCAGAAUAUGUCAUACUGUUCAGUAUAAAAAACAUACGUUUUGCCAUAUAUUCGCGUGAAUUUUGUUCAGUAUAAAAAAUAAAAAUGUUAAUGUGGACACUAUUUGUUGGCCUUGCGAUCGGCUAUACUAACGCUGACUGCGUCCUUUCCUUGCCGAGAUUUCAAUUUUUUGCUCCGUUGAUAUUCACUGUGGACGGUGAACUAUUGCCGACGGAUAAUUUUGAAGAAAAUGCACGUAGCAUUACCAUUCCAUCCAAUCAGGACGUGAUUCUAUCUUGUGCCCCAAACUACUUUAAAACGCCGAGAUUGAAUAGCACAAAAUGGUUAACCGCCAAAUGCAAAAGCGGCAAUAUUUUUGAAGUUGAUGGUGUCGAAAAGAGUUGGACACUCGAUCUGGGAUGCGAAGUUCGGUCUGUGGAAGAGGUAUUGAAAUCAAUUUCCGGGUGUCCCAAUGAAGCAACUUCCGUUGAAUUUGGUUACGAAAAUCCAGUAAAACGAAAAUCUCAAGUUAUUGGUGAAGCGUGCUAUUCGGAGAACAAUGGUCGCACUAUAUUCGUUCAUACGAAAUUCGACGGGAAUAGCAGCGAGAGAAGUGCUGUGUUGGAAACAGAAGGUGUAAACUAUUUGGCACAAAACCACCCGGAUUCAUUGUAUAAAAUUAAUUUUUUAUUAGCAUCUCGAAUGGAUGAAUUGAAUAAUCGCCUUGAAAAAUUGUUAUCCACUAAAAAAGUUCCAUUCCUUGCAACACGUCAUUUAAUCGAUCUGCCGAUUUUACAGAAUGGACAACUUUAUUCGGCAUUAAAAUUGGGAUGGAAUUAUGUCAUUUCGAAUGGAUUUGAUUACUUGCCGAAUUAUGAUCUGUUGAUCAAGGAUAUUAUGGGGCUAAGUAUUAAAAAUUUUGAUUUAUACUUGGGAACUCAUUCAAUUCUCUCAUUACUAAAUGGUGAACGGGGAGACGGUAUUAAAACGUAUUUGUAUUUGCACCCGGAUGAGCAAAAGUAUCCCGUUCCGGAAUAUUUAUGGAUAGUCGUUACUACUGAAUCGGAGAAAGCUGUUGGUUUCUUAAUUUCAAAUAAUAUUGACGCAGAGGAAGCAGAUUUGAUUAAAAACGCACCAUGCCAAAGUAAAUGCGCCCAAUUGUCGUGGAUGUCAAAUCUAUUUGAGAAUGAUUCAUAUAAAAAACCGAAGAAUGGAUUUGUGUUUUGCUGUGAAUUAAAUGAAUUCAUGAAAAAAGUCACCGAAAUGCCAUCGUUGGAGGGUCAAUAUUCUUUAUUAGAUAGAAUAUCGUAUCGAAAUAUUUAAAAUUUAAAUCUUAAUAAAGGAAAAUAGCAAAAUUUCAAUGUAAAAUGUAAUUAAUUCA